UGCGAUCCGGGCGCCGGGCGCUUGGCCACAGCGCUCCGCCGGGUUGCCGACGGAGACCCGCGGCCAGUGGGGUGUCCACCGCGAUCCACGCUACCGCUCUUCUGCAGACCCUCCGCUCCUGCCCGCCCUUGCUCUUCCGAGUCGCCCCUGAUCUCUGCGGCUGUUGGGGACAGCGGCGAAGAAGAGAAAGACGGUCUUCUGUGUCGCGGAUAUUCCCGUCCCGGAAAGACAGCAAGUUGUGUGCGCGCCCGGGACGCAGGAGAAAAGGUGGCCACCACCCGUCAGCCAUGGACUAUCAUCCUUACUACAGAGGAUGGGAAGUUGAUGCCCAGUAAGACUGAAGAUACUUUUUGCUAGUAGACACACACUGCUUACAGAACUGUGGAUUACCUGUGGGCUUCCAGUGACUUCACAUUUACUCCUGCUAUCCCCAGAACAUUCCCUGUCUGAUGAAACAUGGCAUCCAGCCUGACUUGUACCGGAGUGAUCUGGGCUUUGCUCUCCUUUCUUUGUGCUGCCACAUCUUGUGUGGGGUUCUUUAUGCCUUAUUGGCUCUGGGGAUCUCAGUUGGGCAAGUCUGUGUCUUUUGGUACUUUCCGGAGAUGCUCGUAUCCUGUGCAUGAUGAGAGUCGACAGAUGAUGGUGAUGGUGGAGGAAUGUGGGCGCUAUGCCUCCUUCCAGGGCAUCCCCAGCGCGGAAUGGAGGAUCUGCACCAUAGUGACCGGCCUGGGUUGUGGUCUACUUCUCCUGGUGGCGCUCACCGCCCUCAUGGGCUGCUGUGUGUCCGAGCUCAUCUCCACAGUGGGAAGAGUGGCUGGUGGAAUCCAGUUUCUGGGGGGUAAGUGACUUGCUCAACUUGAGUUGUUUACCAGAAUCCCAAAGCUAUAUAUUAAAAAUUGUGUGUUUCAUUGGUCUACUGAGAUGAUUGGCAUUUGGGGUGCACAGGAGAAAUAAAUAUGAAAUGAUUUUGGUGAUAGGCUACCAAAGUCAAAGGUUUUUACUAGAAUUGCUUUACAGCUUCGAAGACUCUUUAUUUCUAUACAUCCAUAAGCAUACAUCCUUGAUCUGCUAGGUGCCACCUAUGUGACCCAGUAACAUUUAGCUUGUUUGUAAUAUGUCUGGGAGACUUUAUAGCUUUUGGCUUCUUGUUCUCUCUGUCCAAACAUAGGCAAUUGAAUUAGCUUUACCUUACUGGAACCUCAGAUUUUUAAGAGGUAAAAAGGUUUCAUAGGA